AAAACAUUGUGUAGUGUCACCGACUAUGUGUUAAGUGUGUUUGGAUUUGAGUGUACGCAAUGGAUCUUCACCCGCCUCCCCUGAUUGUUCAUGGAUAUGAGCCCCAUGCUCCCCUUUUGGAGGUUGAGGGUCUGGACCCUCAUAGUCCUCAGCAGAAGGUGCUUAUCCAUGCGCCGACGCUGCAGAGUCAGGAUUUGAUGGGUGACCAUAGGAAUGGAGAGUACGACUUUUCAGAUGAGCAGUAUCACGCGCACAGCAGCAACCAGAGCGGAGACGGUCACGGCGGAGUAAAUCAACUAGGCGGCGUAUUCGUCAACGGCCGACCACUGCCCGACGUCGUCCGACAAAGGAUAGUCGAGCUAGCCCACAGCGGCGUACGGCCCUGCGACAUCAGUAGGCAACUGAGGGUGUCACAUGGCUGUGUGUCGAAGAUACUAUCUAGGUACUACGAAACCGGCAGCUUCAAAGCUGGCGUGAUCGGUGGCUCGAAGCCCAAAGUCGCCACGCCGCCAGUGGUCGACGCCAUCGCAGCGUACAAGAGGGAGAACCCGACCAUGUUCGCGUGGGAGAUACGGGACCGGCUGCUCAGUGAAGGGAUCUGUAGCCAGGACAAUGUGCCGUCUGUUUCUAGUAUCAAUAGGAUCGUCCGCAACAAGGCGGCGGAAAAGGCGAAGCACGCGCACAAUCAGCAGCAGCAACAAGAACAAGAAAUCUCCUCGGCGCAAGGCAGCGUAGUAUCUGUAAUAACCCAUUCGGGCAACGCGGGCACGACAGCCGUCCUAUCCCCCACGACGGAACAGCACGUGCCUAACACGGGCAGUUAUAGCAUCAACGGUAUACUUGGCAUCGAGCAGGUCGAGGGUCUGCAUAAUGGCAACGGGCUCAAGAGAAAGCGACAUGAAGACCAGGAUGAAAACCGAGACUUCAACAGUCAUUCCGAAGACGACGUGAAACGGCAAAGGAGUCAUUAUAACGGCGAUCAAAUAUAUUCUAAUCUCUGGUCAUCAUCGAAAUGGAGUCUCAAAGACGAGUAUAAGCUUCUGUCAGAGCUGGGCGGCGCGGCGGGAGGAGCGACGGGGUACUACGGCGAGUUGUUCGACACGCCGUACGAGCACGCCGCACAUCCACAUUACACUCCACAUUCAGCUACAAACGACUCAACGGGUUCGAACGGCGGCGCCGGCGGCGAACCCCCAUCGGCGGCGGCGAGCCCCGACGCGGCGGCGCUAGUAGUUUUACAACCACCGGCACCGCCUUAUCCACCGUACGCACACUAUGACGGUAAGUGA